AUGGAUUCAGUCUAUUGGGAUAUAUCCCCCGGCGCAGAAGACGCCGAGGACGCGGAGAGCGUAGAGGAAGAGGAAGCAGACGAGGAUAUCAACGCUUGCUCGCCAGACACCAAGGUUCCCUGCGAGAAAUGCAGACGCAAGAAACGCUCAUCAUGUAAACGAUGCCGCGAGCGACAGCGAAAGCUUCAGCUUCAACACCAGCCAGGUCCUCACACUCGUCCUCGGCGAGCGAGGAAAUCGUCUCUCGAAAUCGCAUGCUUUCCAGAUCGCUCACCGUCUCCAUCUUCAUCAUCUUCCUCCUCCUCUUCUCCUUUCAACCCAUCACAUCCCCUUCAUCCCUCACCACCACCACCAGACUUUCUUAGGAUGGCGCAAGACGCAAUCCCAGAAGUCAUCCUCCAACAACCGCCAGACGACGCCCCAGCAGACACCGCAACAACACAGAAAAGCACACUUACCGUUCCCCCCGGAGGCCCGAGUUUCGCAGCGGUGUAUACCAACUCCCCGUCGUGGAUGUCGACGUAUACUUCCUCGACGUGCGCGACGACGUAUACCACCGCUCACGAACGUUCCCGCAGAGACGGGCUCGGCAGCGGGGAGAAGGACGCCGGGGACGGGUGGCUGGACGUCGGGAGGCGGAGGAGGCCGAGGCCGCCUUAUCCUAGACGUCCGAGGACCGUGGGGCGAUGGGAUCAGGAGGGAAGGUCGUCGGUGGCUGCGGUGACGUCGUCGAUGAUGAGGUCUGGAUGGGGCGAGGAGACGGUGGAGGGGUGGGACGAGGGUGAGGUGGAGAGCGGGAGCUAUUGUGUUGUUGAGGGGGCGCGGUGGGAGGAGCAGAGGUUCAUCGCGUCCAGGAGGCAGGCGAAGGCGGUGGGGACGGGGAUGGGGAAGAGCGAUAUUUUGGGGAUAUACUUGGCUUCUCUAGGCAUGAAGGGCAAGCUGAUGUAG